AUGCGGUGGGACCACAGUCAAGAAAAAGUCCAGGAGAACCAGAGUCACUCCACCAGUCCUGCCUGGGGCCCCACGAAAGUGGCCAACAAUGUCACUGAGUUUAUAUUCCUGGGACUUUCCCAAGAUUCUGGAAUGCAAUUGAUAUUCUUUGUCUUAUUUCUCCUCUUCUACAUUGUGAUCAUGGUGGGAAAUUUGCUCAUUUUGCUUAUGGUCUUUUCUGACUCCCGACUACACACACCCAUGUAUUUCUUCCUCAGUAACCUGUCUUUUGUGGACAUUUCCUGUUCCUCAGCCACAGCACCCAAGAUGAUUGCAGACUUUGUUUCUGAGAAAAAGACUAUUUCUUACUGGGGCUGUAUAACUCAGAUGUUUGCCUUCCACUUUUUUGGUUGUGCUGAGAUUUUUGUUUUGACUGUCAUGGCUUUUGAUCGUUCUGCUGCUAUCUGCCAACCCCUCUGUUACACUGUCAUCAUGAGUGCUAAUGCUUGUACUGUGCUGGCAUCACUGUCCUGGUUGGGGGCCCUGGGUCAUACCUUUGUUCAGACCCUCCUGACCUUCCAGCUGCCCUUCUGUAAUGCUCAGGUUAUAGACCAUUACUUUUGUGAUAUCCACCCAGUCCUAAAACUUGCCUGUGCUGAUACAACUCUGGUAAAUAUGUUCGUAGUUGCCAACAGUGGUCUCAUUUCCCUGGGGUGUUUCCUUAUUCUUUUGGCCUCCUAUACAGUCAUUCUGUUUAGUCUUUGAAAACAGUCUGCAGAGAGCCGACGCAAAGCUCUCUCUACCUGUGGAUCUCAUCUGACUGUAGUAACUUUCUUCUUUGUUCCGUGUAUCUUUAUUUAUCUCCAUCCAUCCACUACUUUCCCAUUGGAUAAAGCUGUGUCUGUGUUCUAUACCACCAUCAACCCAAUGCUGAACCCACUCAUCUAUACGCUGAGGAAUGAGGAUGUAAAGAAUGCCAUGAGGCGGCUAUGGAGUAGCAAGAUCUCCUUGAAGGAAAAGCAGAGAGAAUAGUUUGUCAGAAUUGCAAAAUCAAAGAAUUAGUGGAUACCUUCAAUGAUCCCUAAUUUAUUAAUAAUUAAAAAAAAUUGUUCCUAAAUGCAGCUUUUAUAUUUUGUCUAACAGGAAAUAAUUUAAGGCUAUUUUAGACAGACUAAACUUAAACCUUUCCAUAUUUGGCAAGGUUUAUCCUCUCUUACUUCUAGAGUAAAAGAGUUAACACUGCUACUCAAUAGCUCAUUUAACGUUGGAUCCCUUCUAUCCACAUCAAACUCUCUUAGGCUACAGAUCAAUAAUUUAGAAUGGGGUUAUAAGAG